UGUUCUUCAUUUAUAUUUAUUCACAUGUUUGUCAUAUUUUACAAUACAUUGUAAACAUUACAUUAUAAACCUUUUGAACAUAGAUAGCUAUAGAACCCUGAUAUGUUCUAUGAUUUGGUUGUUUUUGUGCAUUUCUGUGUGGCCCUGGCCUCACCAUCUCGUCGGCAGCGUAUAGGCGCCACCAUGUGGCAAUUUGGCAAACUUACAGUGCAGGACAGGAGAAGAGGUCUUACCUUCAGUUUAUUUACAAUACAUAGCUACAAAGUAAAGCAAGGAUGCAGUAUGAAGCCAGCGCUCUCUUACAAUACCACUUAUCUAAUGUAACUAGCUUCUCAAAAAAAGACCUAACCAAAUAUCCCAAUAUCGCAAAGAGGUUUCUAUACCAUUGUCACAGCCAGUAAUAUGCACAGUCACGGUGGCCGAGAGGUUAAGGCGUUGGACUCGAAAUCCAAUGGGGUUUCCCCGCACAGGUUCGAAUCCUGUUCGUGACGAUUGUUCGCUUUUAGUAUUUGCAGUUGUAUUAAAGAAAACAUACGGCAAAUAUAUUGACAAAAAGCAGUUUCUGCUUAUAUAGGCUUAGUUGGAUUUCGAAAAAAGCUAUAUGGAGAAUUGCUGCUUUAUUAUGGGGGAAUGAGCUCUGAACGUAACACGCCCCCUUGAUAACCAUGUGUUGUUCUCGUCUCCCUAAUUUUGACAGCUGUAAAUUAUUUGAACCUGAUUUGAACGAUUUCCACCAUCACUACUUGUCUCUCUUUCUCGCUUCAGUGACUUUAAUCAAAUAUGUUCGCCAUUGUGCCAAACGAUGCUCAAUUCUUGAUAAAAGACAUAAGGUUGGGAUUGAAGAAUUUAAAUUUAAUCUUUAUUGUGUUGGAAAUGGGAAGGGUAACUAAAACAAAGGAUGGGCAUGAGGUUCGCUCCUGCAAGGUGGCUGAUAAAAGUGGGUGCAUCACCCUGUCUGUGUGGGACGAGGUGGGUGGACUCAUCCAGCCAGGAGACAUCCUCCGCCUCUCACGAGGCUAUGCAUCCCUGUGGAAGGGCUGUCUGACACUCUACACAGGCAGAGGAGGAGACCUGCAGAAGAUCGGAGAUUUUUGCAUGGUCUUCUCUGAGGUGCCAAACUUUAGUGAACCAAACCCAGAGGUACUGGCCCAGGCCAACAGGCCGUCUAAAGUUGAGUCCCAGAACAGUUCUUCUGUCAGUCAAAGCUCCACCCCCUCAGUCCCCACCCUCACAUACUCUUCCAAUGGAUGCUCUCCGCUCUCCCGGAAUCCAACCUAUGGGAGCACAGGACAGCAGACUGGGCGAGGCUCCGGAGGUCCUGGCACCGACCCCAAGCCCACAGAAUCAGUGGGCAACAGCAGGGACCCACGGCAAGGGCUAAAGAGGAAAUGACGCUGGUUUCAAAUCAACACGUAUCUUGGGCCUAGCUGUAUUUUUAUUUAGCAAGUUAAAUCAUUGUUGUUAACAUGGCCAUCAUUUUCUAAGGAAUGUUACACAUUUGGUUCAAAUAAAUAAAUCAUAACUAAAAGAU